GGCACCGAUAUAAAAAAACAAACUCACUCAGACAGACACGCUCCACCCAACGAUCAUUUUGCCUCGUUUUUUCUUACGUCUCUUAAUUUCCAACGAGUAGUUGUAGUUGUAGUUGUUUUAUGAUUGCAGUGAUCACGCAGAGACAGCAAGUGAAAAUGGCAUUCGAUAAAAUUAAGGUCACCAAUCCCAUCGUUGAAAUGGACGGAGAUGAAAUGACUAGAGUUAUUUGGAAAUCAAUCAAGGACAAGCUUAUUUUCCCAUUUUUGGAUUUGGAUAUCAAGUAUUUUGACCUUGGCCUGCCUAAUCGGGAUGCUACAGAUGAUAGAGUUACCGUUGAAAGUGCUGAGGCGACUCUCAAAUAUAAUGUGGCUAUUAAGUGUGCAACAAUAACUCCAGAUGAAGGCCGUGUUAAGGAGUUUAACUUGAAAAAUAUGUGGAAGAGUCCAAAUGGGACAAUUCGCAACAUUUUAAAUGGUACGGUUUUUAGAGAACCAAUUAUCUGCAAAAACAUUCCAAGGCUUGUUUCAGGUUGGACCAAGCCAAUCUGCAUAGGAAGGCAUGCCUUUGGUGACCAGUACAGAGCAACUGAUACAGUUAUCCAAGGACCUGGCAAACUGAAGCUAGUAUUUGUACCUGAUGGACACAAUGAAAAGACAGAGUUUGAGGUUUUCAAGUUCAAAGGAGCUGGAGGUGUAGCUCUGUCCAUGUAUAACACUGAUGAGUCCAUCCAGGCUUUUGCUGAAGCUUCAAUGAAUACUGCUUACUUGAAAAAGUGGCCACUUUAUCUUAGCACAAAAAAUACCAUUCUUAAAAAAUAUGAUGGAAGAUUCAAGGACAUAUUCCAGGAAGUUUAUGAAACUCAAUGGAAAUCCAAGUUUGAGGCUGCAGGAAUUUGGUAUGAACAUCGUCUCAUCGAUGAUAUGGUUGCUUAUGCUCUCAAAAGUGAAGGGGGUUAUGUAUGGGCAUGUAAAAAUUAUGAUGGAGAUGUGCAGAGUGAUUUCUUAGCCCAAGGAUUUGGAUCUCUUGGGUUGAUGACUUCAGUAUUGGUGUGCCCAGAUGGAAAGACAAUUGAAGCAGAAGCAGCCCAUGGCACGGUUACUCGCCAUUACCGUGUUCAUCAGAAAGGAGGUGAAACCAGCACCAACAGCAUAGCAUCGAUUUUUGCUUGGUCAAGUGGUCUUGCACACAGGGCAAAGUUGGAUGGCAAUGUCAAACUAAUGGAUUUUACUGCAAAACUAGAAGCAUCCUGCAUUGGAGCUGUCGAGUCAGGGAAGAUGACCAAGGAUCUUGCACUUCUUAUUCAUGGUCCCAGAGUUAGUAGGUCUCAAUUUCUGAAUACAGAGGAGUUCAUUGAUGCUGUAGCUGAGGAGCUUAGGGCAAGAUUGUCAGUCAAAGCAAAGCUGUAAAAUUAUGGCUUCUAACUUGGCAAUAAUAUUUACCCAGAAGUUGGGUUCAACUCGAGGCCUGGAAAGGGACUACCAAAGACCGGGCAGCCUGGGGGGAGAUUGAAUGGGGUUCUUCUCGAAAUGUGUUUGAAGUGAAUAAGCAUGAUAUCUCAUGAGAAUUGAUGAUUGAUUGCUCUCUUGGACACUGCUACUGUUAUUUCUAUGAAUUCAGUUCUUAAAUUUCAUUUCCUUUGUGGCCAAGUAAAAGCGAAGAAAGACAGGCAACUCUUCUUGCCUUGGAUUGUGCGAUAAUUUUUCCAAGCAAUUACUUCCGAUAAAUUAUAUAUGCUUUGAGGUUUCAUCUA